ACUCCAUUUGGAGUAUGAUUGAGGAAAAGUAGAGUCAUACAUUACGUUGCUGCAGUUUCUUUUACUUAGUGGGAAAGGGGUGUGAGUAACUUGAUGCCAGAUACAAUCGUGGAAGGCAGUGGCAAAUACAGGACGCUUUCUCUAGAAGCUGCACUGCAAACGGACACCUGCUUCAAAACUGGGAAAACUUAAGACAGUGUGGAAUGACAUUGUGUUCUCUGGGGUACCUCAAGGACUGGAUAAAGGUCUACUCACAGCAUAUGCUUGCUUGGACUGUAUCUCCAUGUUUUCUUUGAGGAGUCAGUUUGAAAGAGAAGCAAUGCCAGAAAGUCUCUUUCCAUUAGCUGGCCAGGGCAGAGGAAAUCCAUCAGCAAACAUGCCGCACAGCUAUACCAACCACAAGAAGAAAGCUAAUGGGCUUGCGAUGAAGACGGAGAGGAGAAGCACUACAGGCAAAACCAACAGGAGGUCGCGGAAGCUUGGGCUCAUUUCCAGGUCGUUAAUACUGUGCAAUUCCAAAAACAGUGACGAAGGAUCGAGCCCGGAGGAAAAAUACCCUGAUCCAGCUGAAAACGAGAAAUACAGUGGGAGAGAAAGAUCGGAGAGAAACCCCAGGGCACAGGUGCUGUCCACUACACACUCUGCUGAACACAAAGAUUGUGACCCACAAAGGACCACAGGAGAACAUGAGGAACAUGCCAAGAAGACUAUGAGGAGAACAUUUUCCAUUAAGGAAAGCAGCAUCUGGAAAUUGUGUGUGGCUACUGGUGAUGAAGGUCUGGGGAUUCAAAUCUCUGCAAAUAACACCUCUGCAGUACCAAACAAAGGAAUUACUGUUAGCCAUGUGAUGAAUGGAGGGGCAGCACACAGAGAUGGUCGUCUUCAGCCUGGGGAUGAGCUGCUAACAGUGAAUGGACAAUCCCUGACUGGCCUCUCAAGACAUGAGGCUGAGGCUGUGCUCCAGACAGCAACAGGGCUAGUGGAUUUGGUAGUUUCCACCAAGCUAAUGACUUGUCCUGUAGAUGAAGAUAAGGGGUCACUUUUAUGUAACAGAUCUACCUCGGUUUCUGCACCACCAACUACCGACAAGGAAAACCUGCAGCCUCAGACAAACAUCAUUGAUAAAGAAAAUGCUGGGAACGACAUUCCCCCAAAGAGAAACAGCACAGACAUGACUGGGGAGGGAUCCAAAGAGCGUCAUGCAGAAAAAUCUGAUAAUUAUUCCCAGACCAAGUUGUCCUGUAAAAGGACUCGGAGUAAUUCUACUAGUGUCAAUCCCUAUUGGAUUGGAGAUUUAGAUGCCCUUAUCAUUAAAACACCAGAGAUGUAUAAUAGUAACAACACACAGGGAAAUCCCGGUUUCUACGGCAACAGGAAGGCACUCUCCCAGCAGCUGGAGUUUCCUGAUGCACCUGCCCAGGUUAUUGCAAGACCCACUCGGUCUUUAAGCUCGGCACACUUAGUGAACUCGAGCAGCAGCGUGCAAGCCUUUGUUAUUUCUAAUAUCGUUCUGAUGAAGGGUCAAGGCAAGGGUUUAGGGUUCAGUAUAGUCGGUGGAAAGGACAGCAUGUAUGGACCAAUAGGAAUCUAUGUCAAGACUAUUUUCCCAGGUGGAGCAGCGGCAUCUGAUGGAAGAUUACAAGAAGGAGAUGAAAUACUGGAGUUGAAUGGCAAGUCGCUGCAUGGAUUGACCCACGAUGAGGCCCUGAAGAAAUUUAAGCAAACUAAGAAGGGCUUGCUGACGCUGGCUGUGCGGACCAGCCUGCGGAUCGGAGCCUCGUCCAGCUCCUCCGGCGUCUCCCACCUGUGCCGCUCGCGCUCCCUCAGCUCCAGCGCCACCAUCAGCAGCCGGGGAAGCUGCUCCGGCCCCGAGCUGGCAGACUGCAGCUUCCUCCCCAGCCCAGCCAAGCCCAAAGACAGAAUCAUGAUGGAAAUCACUUUGCACAAAGAAUUGGGUGUGGGCCUUGGGAUUGGGCUGUGCUGUGUCCCCUCCAGUGAAGGCUACCCUGGCAUUUACAUCCACACCCUCUCCCCUGGCUCUGUGGCCCACAUGGAUGGAAGACUAAGGGGUGGGGAUGAAAUCGUAGAAAUCAAUGAAACAGUGGUUCACAGCAUGACUCUCAAUGAGGUUUACACAGUCCUCAGCCAAUGCCACCCGGGGCCUGUCCAGGUUAUCAUCAGUCGUCACCCGGAUCCGAAGGUUUCAGAACAGCAGCUAAACGAAGCCAUUGCACAAGCUGUUGAAAACAGCAAACUGAAAAAAGUCAAGAGUCAGUGGAGUAUAGAAGCCCUGAAAAAGAAUGAGCCGUGCUCCCAUGGAAAGCAGAAGUGUGAAAAAUGCUUGGAGAGAAGUUUCAGUCAACUGAAUAACAGGAGACCCCAGAAGCUGAUGAUCCGCUCAAGCAGCGACACGAGCUCCAACCACAGAUCACCCUGUUCUAACGGGGGCUCAGCCUACUCAACCCAGCAGGCAGGCAUGAAGUGCAGGGUCCACAGUGUUGACGUGCCCAUGACCGCUCCACAAAGCACUGUGGCUGGAUCGCCAGGCUGGUCGGUUAUAGAGAUCAAACCAUCCCCUCCUCACCCAGACGAUUACAACGUACCUAAAAGCAAACAUUCCAGCCAACAAUCUAUAGACUUCAUUAUCAAAACCGCAAGAGCCUCCAAGCCAAAGCCUCCACCGAGGAGGUAUUUUAAACAGCAAGAAGAUUCAAAGGAAGAGCAUUUUUCUGAUCAUGGAGGUGUGAACGGAGAUUCACCCAACGACUGGAAACCAUCUACUACAAAGUGCCAGUUUUUUUACAGUUUAUUCAUGGCUUUGAGAAAGAUUCCUGAUUUACUCUUUAAAAAUGAAGCAGGGAGCUUGGUGUCUGAAGGAACUAAAACGGUUCACACUAACACUCUCUGCGUGACUUCAUUAUCACCAGGGGACUCUGGUCACUUCUCUGAAACUGCAAAAGAUAACUCUUUACGAGCAGAAGGAAGACUCCAAAGUGUUGGUUCUCCUACAAACCUCUCUACGGGAACUAAAAGGCCAGCAUUAAGAAGACAAGCUCACGUGGAUCUCUUUGUGGCUCAUCAAACACAAGACCCGUGGGUAAGGAUUUCAGACAGUACUGAGGGACAACCAAGCUGUGCCAUCAUGAGUCAGGAGAAUGGGCAACCAGACCUGAACGGCUCCUCCGUGCACGAAAAGGAUGCACCUGAUGGAGCUCCGGCUGUAAAAGACCCCCUGAAUGUUAAGAAAGGUCCUCCAGUGGCACCAAAGUCGGUUUGGGUUCGCCAGAGCCUGAAAGGUUUAAAGAGUGGAAAACUGCCAGCAACAACCAAACCUCGGGACGGGGGCACACCAAAUCCAAGAAGCACGUUUGGUGUGAGCUUAAGAAAUACUUUGACCAAAUCCAACUUGUCAUUCAAACAGAAAAUUAGCUCUUUUGAAACUUUCUCUAGCUCCGAAUCUACUGAAAGAGGAACUAAGAGGAUUUCUCCAUCACUGUCUUUACCCUUGGUAGACAAACCUCCAAGCAGAAGUGACACAACUUCAGCUGUCAACACUGCUUGUCAUGCUGCCAAUAAAGCAGCUGAGGUUAGCCCACCUGAUGAAAGCAAGUCAGCAAUAGAGGUGACCAUCCCGGCAGCAGAGCCAGAGGUACCUUCCUCUCCCCCGCCAGCGUCUUCAUUGCCCAGCCCCAGGAGAAGCAGCAGCACAAAAACUGUGCCCUCCACAGCAUCGCUGGAACCUGAAGAAAACGUGGUGUUCAAAUCCCCUAGCCAACGGACAAGAAGCUUCCCACUGGCUACCACCCCGUCCUCUGAAACCUCCAACCCGAAGACCUAUGAUGGAGAAAGCCUCUGUAAAAUUCUCUCGUUCAGUAAUCAAGUAUCGCAUGCGUUAAUGAGGUCAAUGCGUUCCCUUCCUCAGUCCCCCUCCAUCUGGCACAGCAACCCUUGGUCUGCUGCUCCAGGAUCCCCCCAAGCAGCUCCUGACGAUGACUUGUCCUGGGCUGACAAGACCCCCGGGUCGCCUGCUGUUGACCUGAGCCAUGCUGAAAAGGGAUUUUCUGUCAGCUUGGCAGAGCUCAGAGAAUGCACGAUAGGCAUGGCGGACGAGAAGAGAGAGGACGGGAAGAGGGAACGCACCUCGUCCCUCUCCUCCUCAGCCUCGGCCCAGUCACUCAUCUCCCUCAUUCCUGCAGAGGAGAUCAAGAAGAUGAUAGAGGAGGUGAAGGCCCUAGAUGAAGAAACCCUGAAGCAAUUUGAAGACAUUCACGUUGUAAUUUUGCACAAAGAAGAAGGCACUGGGCUGGGAUUCAGUAUUGCUGGUGGGAUAGACCUUGAAAAUAAAGUGACCACAGUACACAAGGUAUUUCCCAGUGGACUGGCAUCAGAGGAAGGAACCAUUCAGAAAGGGGAUGAGCUGUUAUCCAUUAACGGGCAAUCCCUUAAAGAGGUGACGCACAGUGAGGGCACAGCCAUUCUCCGGCAGGCCAGGAUGCUGAAGCAGGCGGUCAUCGUUAUUUGCAAGUCAAAGGAGAGCGACACAGGAAAUGAUGAGAGCAGUGAAAGCAGCUUGACCACAAGUGCUGUUGAAAAUCCAAGUAUGACAGAUGCAGAGGAUGCGGGUUCCGAUACAAUCGCUGUCGAGCUGGAGAAGAACGCCGGGGGUGUGGGGUUUAGUUUGGAAGGAGGCAAAGGGUCCAUUCACGGAGACAAGCCCCUUGUCAUCAACAGAAUUUUUAAAGGGGGGGCUGCUGAACAGAGCAGGAUCCAGCCGGGCGACGAGUUACUGCAGAUCCAGAGUACUGCCCUGCAGGGACUGACCCGUUUCGAAGCCUGGAACAUCAUUAAAGCCUUACCGGAGGGUCCUAUCAGAGCUGUUAUCAGAAGAAAAACUGAUGUGAGCAAAUCUGAGGCCACUGCAGAGGAACAAUAAAACAGCUGCCGACAUUCAAGGUUUUAAACAGAGGUGUGUAAGCCAGUCUCUGUCGUGGAAUCAGCAGGAAAACGACACUGUGUUAUCAAACAAAGCCCCCAAACGCUCGCUUUCCAAUCGCAGGGCGGCUAGGAAGGCCACCUCGAGCUACAGCCGUGUAAAAACUGUUCAACGCAGAGAAACGAAACCUGGGAGAGACACCAGACAAUGGACAUUAGGAGUCUCAGUGUUCAUUUAAUUAAAAUGUUUCCAGAGUGUUGACCAUAGUGAACAAUAAUAACAAUGACACUUGCAGUAUAAGGGUACAGCAUUCCUGGUGGUAGUCUUAAUAUCUUGUUGUCACUUGAGUGUAAAGCUACCCAAAAUAUACAGUGGUCUGGUUUCUCUUAGCUAUUUAUUCCAAAUCAUUAGCACAGUUCUUGUUUGAUGUUACACUUUCCAGCAAGCGUUAAAAGUCUAGUUAUAGAAAGGCUACCUGCUUCUUCUAUGUCAAGGCAAGAAAUGCACAUCUGAAGAACUUUAGAAACCCUGAAAAAAACAGAUGAUAGAUAUCAGCUUGCUCGUUUGCUUUAUUCAUCAACAAAAAAAAUGCUUGAUGGUACUGUAAUAUUUGUAUGCUGUUGACUACAACUUUUUAAACUAUGCCAAACUUUUUUUUUCCUUUGUAGCAAUUUUACCAUUUUCACAAUUAUGUAAGCAGCAGGUGCUGUGUUCCAGAUUUGUCCUCAACAUCUGUUAAAUCUCCUGGGUUUAAAAGCACAAAUGGAAUUGCUGGAUUUUCAUGUAAGGUACAAAAUAUUGGCAGCAGAGUAUAAUUCUAAUUUGAGUUCACAUUUAUGUGCAAUACUUUCCUUCUUAAAAAAAAAUAAUAAUAAUAAUAUAAGAGACACAGUAUAAUGUAAAAUUUAUAAUUUUGGUCAUAUUCUGUGUCAGUGAAAUGUAUUUUUUUUUCAGGAAAUAAAGUAUUUUAUAGAGCUAUAAAAAUAGGUUUUUCUUUUAUUUUUACAAUUCAUUUAAAUAUUUCUUCUGACGCCCAAAAUAUACUGUUACGUUUUUCUUUGAUUGCGUUCAAUAAAACAUUACAUUAUCUCCAUUGUUAUUUCAAAAGUUUAUUAGUUACCCUAAAUUACUCUCGUUUUUUUUUUUUAAUUGAAGCUGUUUUAUUUAUUUUUUUAGAAAAAAAUAAAACCUGGUGUUAACAUAGGAUGGUGCUAAAUACUUUGUGAAUAUGGACUUCUGUAUCUGACAUUAGCAACACCAAUAUAGUUUGUCUAGUGACCUCUUCUGGUACCAUGCAAUAAUG